GAGGGAGCUGCCGCCAUUUCGGCGCCGUCCCCCGGAGCCGUUGGGCCGGGCCGGGGCGGCGCGGCGUUCCCCGCUCCCCGCCGCCGCCGCCGCCGUCAUGAGCCGCCUCAGCGGCGGUUGGGACGGCGCCGGCGAGGAAGUUCAGCUCCUCCUGGACCUGUGAGUGCCGCCCCGCACCCUCCCCCUGUGCCCGCCGGCCCCCUCUCCCUCCGGGAGGUGCGGUGCCUUCAAUGUUUGACAAAGAACCUUUCCAGAUAUACUGCAGAUAUUAAGUCAUUGCCACCCAACAUAAAGGAUAAACUGAUUACAUUGAUGAGUAGGCAAGGGCAAAUAACUGAUUCAAAUAUCAGUGAGGUGUUGCACCCUGCUGUGGAGGCUCUAGACCUCCGAGACUGUGAUAUUUCAGAUAAUGCAUUAUUGCAGCUUUAUAACUGCAAGCAACUGAAAAAAAUCAACUUAAAUUCUUGCAAAGAAAACAGAUUGGGAAUCACUUCAGAAGGUGUCAUAGCACUGGCCUUAUCCUGUCCUUACUUGCGUGAAGCAUCUUUUAAAAGGUGCUGCGAUAUAACUGACAGUGGAGUUCUUGCUCUUGCGCUCAACUGCCAGUUCCUACAAAUAGUGAACUUGGGCAGCUGUUCAGGCAUCAUGGAUGCAUCUCUGCAGGCAUUAGGAGAAAACUGCAAAUUUCUUCACAGUGUGGACUUUUCAUCUACUCAGGUAACAGAUGAUGGCGUUACAGCACUAGUGAGUGGAACAUGUUCAAAGAAUUUAAAGGAGAUCCACAUGGAACGCUGUGUGAAUCUGACGGAUGUUGCCGUGGAAGCAGUCCUUACUUGUUGUCCGAAGAUACACAUUUUUCUGUUCCAUGGAUGCCCACUGGUGACAGAUCGUUCCCGAGAUGUUUUAGAGCAGCUAGUCAUAUCAAACAAAAUCAAGCAAGUCACGUGGACUGUUUACUGAUUAUUUAUCGUGUACAUACGAGUGUAAAGUUUACAGAUGGGAGAGCUCUUUCAGAAAACAAGCACCUUGGAGAAAUAGCUGGUGACUUUUGUGCCACCAGAUUGCUUCCCUCCUUGUUCCCACCAGAGGUCUCCGUCACCAUUCCAGUCCUUGCCUGUGAGUCUGGCCUUCCCCAUUGUCUCUACUGAGAGCCCUGUCUGUCUUUGCAUCGCUGAUCAUACUUCAUUAAGAGGAAAGUUAAACUAUAAUUAAUAUUACACUGUCAUCGCUCAGACUCCUUGAAGUAUUGGAUCUGGCUACUACUUACCAUCUUUUAGCAUCUUAGCUGCAUAUACAAAGCCAAUUUAAGUAAGUCACUGUUCUGAGAUUGUAGUCUGAGAAAGCCCUUGCAACUAGAAGCACCAAGCCUAAACGUAGUAUUAACACUUACACAGAAGUGUCUGUAAAGUUGGGACUUUAAUCUGGCAAAAGUCAACAGAAAACUGGUGAAUGGAGAUGGCAGUAACAGCAAUGCAAAUGUAUUUUAAGCAGUAACAGUCUCCUUUCACCAUGUGCUUUUACUAGGUCUGGAAGAAAAACUGUAGGUACCUUUCUUUUGGUGUUAACUGGUGCUGCAGGUUUCUCUUUUUAUGUAGCAUCAAAUACUUGCUGGAUAUGUACACAUCCAGAAGUGCAGUCUGUGAACAUGUAAACAUAAACUUGCUUUGAAGUUGUUGUGGUGACUUAACAAAUUUCAGUGUAGUAUCUAUGACCAACAAACUAAUCUUGUAUAUGGGCAAAUACUUACUUGCUCUGGCUUUUGCCUAUGUUCCUGCAUGAAAAUCCUUUUAGGGAACAAAACUUUGCUCUUCAUAAGCAUAGCUGUGGGUGAAAUAGGACCAAAUUUAGUGUCUGAGAACAAGAAUCUCGGAAUGGCAGAGUUCAGCAGAGUGUGCGUUCUGCUGUAUGUGGUUUAUUGUAUCUCCAGUGGCCUCCAGAAGCUGAAAACAGCAACCAUUUAUAUGUUAUUCUAUUGUAGUCAUAUUAAAGAAAAAAAUCAGAAGUGUAAAGUGAGUUUAUUACAUGAUGGAGCAGUGGUCUCAUCACAAUUAUAAUUCCAUGUUCCUUGGCUUUCUUGAAACAGCAUAACUUUUAGUGAGACUUCUAUGAUUUCUACAGUAAACGUUUUAAAAUGCUAGCAGUUUUAGCAUUAUACAAGGUAGGUAGCACACUGCAUUGAUACUCUGCAUCUGGCAGUAGCAGGGUUUAGUUUAGGGUUUAGUAGCAGAGUGGUCUUACAUGGGUCUGAUGACACUUAGAAACCCAUGAGUUUAGGCAACCAUAAACUAUAACUUUACUUUAUAAUUUAACACUUGUCAUAGCCACACUCAUUUUUAAGUGUUGCAGAAGUAAACCAGUCUUCUACUAGUCUACUUAAAGUUCAGGCCAAAUUGCAUGGAAGAUAAUAUAUCUGUUGCGUCCAGUCAUAUUAAAGGAUAUUACGAUGUUUGACAAUAGUCUCUGUUCUUCUGUUGAUUCAUUUAUGGAAGAGCAAAUCCGUUUAGAAACUUGUUCAAGUGUAACUGAAGGCAUAAUUUUCAAACUCUGGUGCCUAAAUCCCUAGCUGUUGUUGCACGUGGUACGGUGGCUCGCAGUGAUGGAUGUAUUCCUAUGACACCUACAGGUAUAGCUGUGCCAGUACAAGCCAUUCCUGCAAACAAGUUAGUUCUGCUACAUCAGCAACUAGCAUCUGAAGGCUGUAAUUGCAGCAAUCCUUGGACCAGAUAGAGGCCUAAAAACCUAAUCUACUAUGUUUUAUUCCCUUUAUUGGCUAAAGAGUAGUUUAUUGUUUUGCCCUGUGGAAUCCCUGGUAUCAAUCAGGGCCCAUCAUUCCCUUGAACUCUUGGAUGUGAGUUAGCAAUAAAUGUGUUUUGCGCUACUUUUUGUAUUAAUGCACCUAGCUGAUUAGGCAGCAGCAAUGACACGCUCAGUAAUUGUGCCAAAUAAGUAAAGCGUACGGAUCAGGCUCCCAGCCCUGGUUUCAGGAAGGGUGCCACAAAAAGGGUAAGAAUUAUAAGCUAACUCCAGUGGGAAGGGGCCUCAGGAGGUUUCUUAUCUAACUUCCUGCCCAAAGCAGGACCAGCUUAGUCAGAACUUUAUCCAGCCAUGUCUUGUAAAAACUAAAGAGCCUUCACAACCUUUUGAGGCAGCUUGUUCCACUGCUUGACUGUAUUCAUGGUGGAAAAAAGUUUUUCCUUCUAUCCUGUUUGGCCCUAUUUUGUUUCAGCUUAUACCCUUUCUGGGAGAGCCUGGCUGUCAUCCCAGCACCCUCAUAGGUAUGGGCAGGCUGCUUGUAAGUCCACUGAAGCCUUUUCUCCUCCAAGCUGAACAAGCCCAGGUCCCUCAGUCUGUUAUUUUAAGACAUGUAACUAUACCGUAGUGCAAUCGUGGUCACUAGACUCUCAUUUCAAGUGCUGUAUCCAGAAAGGAAAUUAUAAAUUAAGAUAAUGUAAAGCAGCUAAAGGUGGAAGACCACCAAUCUGUAAUGGCAAAGGACACCUUAAAAUUCUAUCUGUUGGGCAGUGGUACUGCUAACCUCACUGGCAAGGCUGUCCUCCUUCCCUUUGCUAAUGUAAACUUGGAUUUGUCAUGUUGAAGGCAAAUGCAGCUUAUACUGUGUCCUUAAACAUGCGUGUAGAUUUACCAUCUUCUCCCAUAGCGUCUUCUAAACAUGUAACUUAGUGGUAUAUCCUCAACUUGUGGUUAAAAAUGUGUACAACACUGCAAUGAAUUAACAUUGUAUAUUUAUGUUUGAAAGUUUAAUGUAAGGCACGUUAAAUCCUUCACUGACAGAGCUUGAGUCUGCUCUCCAAUGUGUUUAUUACUAGCAUAACUCUACUGGAAUAUUUGAUUCAGGUUAAAUCACUGUUAUUUUCAACUAAUGUUUACAAGCAUUGGAUGAAGUGGGAGAACAUCCUGUAUGCACUUAUUACUUCAUAUUCUGUAUUGUUGGGAUAUUGAUAUUGUUAUUGUUGUAAAUUGUUGGGUGAGCACUGCAGGGUAUUUACAUGUUGUUCUGAAGAUUAAAGUUUGUAAGUAGUA